AAUGGGAACUAAAUCUCGCGCUCGUUGCAGCACAGCAAAAACUGCUGCAAAAGAUGCACACUUUUAAAGGCGCAGCCGCCUUAUUUUUUUAUUAGUAUUAAUUCUUUUUUUAUUUGGUUUCCAACGCGACUGGGACGAAAGCUGAAAAUUAAUGCACUCAUCUGAUUAUAAGGGGAAGCAUAGGAAUUAAACACUCCAGAUAAAUAUGGAUCCCAGUGAGCUUCCAGGGUCUUUAAAUCCCUUUCGGCUGGCAGAUGAGGCCUUGAGAAAUGAUUUGUCAGUUCCCACUGACAUGGAAGUAUCCAGCAGUGACUUACUGGGCAUGGAUGAUUAUAAUGGUCAGAAAUCUUCUCCUUUGGCACCCACAUUGACACAGUCUGAAAGAGUGAGGCAGAAAACACAGGACAGCUUAAGUAUAUUAGAGAAUCCAGAUACUCUGGAACUUUCAAAAACUCAAGUGGAAGAGUUUUAUAAUAAAGCUUUCCCAGAGCAAUCUGCAUCCUCAGGGCCAUGGCAAGCUGAUGUACCGAAAAUUGGAGAAGAAGAAGCUGAUACACCAAAGGAGGAAAAAUCUAAUGAUGUCAGUAUGGAGGAUAAUUUGGAAGAUGACAGUUCAAAAGCUGAUGCAGAGAAAACAAACUCACACAGUGAAUCAAAACAAAAAAAAAUUUCAAAUGAAGACAAUUCUGAAGUCACAGCAGCUGAAGAGGAAGAUACAUCUAUUUCAUCACCUCCUCAUUCACCAAUAAGGAAGGCAAACAUGGAGACAAAGUCUUCAAAGAAACCUGUUUUACCUAAAAACGAAGUUACUGCAGAGCUCGAUGAUACAGAAGCCUCUAAAAUAAAUUCUUCUGACAUGGCUUGCCAGACCAAUGUAGGGGAUAUAAAGCCAAUUAAAGGAAAAGUAAAAGAAGAGAAGAGUACGUCGUCUGGGGCCUGUGAACAAAUCGAAGAAACUUCCCAGCUGUCCGCUGAAUCAAAAGGCAAUUCUGAAGAGAAUGAAACUAAACCUAUCCAAACUGAAGAUGCCAAAGAAGAGCCAGGGGAAGGGCCAAAGCUCAGAAUGGAAGUAAGGAGAGCAGAACGUCUUCGGCGUGCUGAACAAAUGAAAGCACAAUACGAAGCAGCCCCUGGAAUAUCUGGAACUGCUCAACUUUCGGAUGAAGACUCUGAUGCCAUGGUGGAUGAUCCAAAUGAUGAGGACUUUGUCCCACAUCCACUACCUAGACGGUCAACAAGGUCUUCCAUGCGUAUCCAGAAGACUGGACAGUCCACACAACAAAACGUGCCUCCUGUCAAUACGCCAGUUCGGAGCACACCUUCAAUAAUGGGUCAUAGCACCACACCACGCACCACCCCUUCUGCUGUCUCUCAGAACACAUCAUCCACUAUGCCAAACAGUUCUCCCCGUACCUUGACAAAAAUGCAGUGCGCCAAUUGUCGUAUUCCUCUGCAAAAAGGACAGACUGCUUACCAGAGGAAAGGGAUGCCACAGUUGUUUUGCUCUUCAAUUUGCCUUUCAGCCUUUUCUAAGAAACCUCCACGAAAGAAGCCAUGUGCCUACUGUAAAAAGGAUGUUUGGAGCACGAAAGAAUCUGUUGUUGCUCAGACAGGUUCCGGAGGUUCUUUUCAGGAGUUCUGCAACAAUAACUGCCUUUCGUUAUAUGAAGCCCAGCUGCAAAAGAAAAAUAGCCCAGUAGCUGACACUCCUGCUGUGAGAUGUAGUGUUUGUCACAAAACAGGCGAGAUCAUGCAUGAAGUGAGCAAUGGCAACAUGGUCCACAAAAUGUGUAGCGACACCUGUUUUACAAAAUUUAGAGCCACAAAGGGACUUAAAACAAACUGCUGUGACAACUGUGGAGUUUACAUCUACAACAAAGGCCUUCCCUUGGAAUAUCUUUUUCAUGAGGGAUUACAAAAGAGAUUUUGCAACUCUGCCUGUUUAGCAUUAUACAAAAAGAAAAAUACCAAAGUUUUCCCUUGCAUGUGGUGCAAAACAUUGUGCAAGAAUUUUGACAUGUUGUCCAGUGUGGAUCGGAAUGGAAAGAUGGGUCAUUUCUGCUCUGUUUGCUGCAUCACCUCUCACAAAGUAAAAAACGCAGGACCCACUGGACCAGCAAGGCCAUGCAGUUUCUGCAGGCGAAGCUUGUCAGAGCCUGUAUACUACAACAAGACAGACAGAGUCAUCUAUCAGUUCUGUAGUCCAAGCUGCUGGACCAAAUUUCAGCAAACUAGUCCUGAAGGUGACAUUCAUUUGAAUUGUCAUUCUUGUCAUAAUCUGUUUAGUGGCAAACCAGAAGUACUAGAUUGGAAGAAUACUAUUUACCAGUUUUGCUGCAAAGAAUGCUGUGAAGACUUUAAGCGACUUCGUGGAGUAGUGUCUGUCUGUGAGUACUGCAAACAGGAAAAACUACUUCAUGAAAAGAUCAAGUUCUCGGGUGUUGAGAAAAAUUUUUGCAGUGAAGGGUGCAUCCUCCUGUACAAACAGGACUUCACAAAGAACCUUGGCCUUUGUUGCAUCACUUGCACAUACUGCUCACAGACGUGCAAAAGAGCUGUCACAGAAGAGCUGGAUGGUAAUACCUGGGACUUCUGCAGUGAGGACUGUAAAAGCAAGUACCUUCUAUGGUACUUAAAGGCAGCUAGAUGUCAUGCGUGCAAGAGACAAGGAAAGCUUUUAGAAACCAUACACUGGCGUGGAGAGAUUAAGCAUUAUUGUAACCAGCAAUGUCUACUACGUUUCUACAGUCAACAGAAUCAACCAAAUCUAGAUACACAAAAAGGACCUGAAAGCCUUCUUAACAGUCAAACACAGGAACCCAAAACCCCAACAACUGAAACAAAAAAAUUUGAACCUGCAGGAAAAACAGUUGUUGCCCAGAGUCCCCCCUCUCCACCUUCUCCACCUCCUCCCACACCUACUCCGCGUAAGAACAAAGCUGCUAUGUGCAAGCCACUAAUGCAAAAUAGAGGAGUUUCUUGCCGACCUGAAAUGAAGUCAAAGGGUUGCCAGACAGAAGAAGAAUGGAAGCCACAGCUGAUUGUUCUUCCUAUCCCAGUUCCAGUUUAUGUGCCAGUGCCUAUGCAUAUGUACUGUCAAAAUGUGCCAGUGCCUUUCACAAUGCCUCUCCCGGUUCCAGUUCCAAUGUUCCUCCCAACCACAUUGGAAAGCGCUGAUAAAAUUGUUGAAACAAUUGAAGAACUAAAAGUGAAAAUCCCUUCAAACCCUCUGGAAGCAGAUAUUCUAGCCAUGGCUGAGAUGAUUGCUGAGGCAGAGGAAAUGGACAAAGAGUCAUCUGAUCUUUGUGAUAUUGCCAGUGACCAGAGUGCUGAAGGUUUGUUGGAAGAUUGUGAUUUGUUUGGGCCUGCACGUGAUGAUGUUCUAGCUAUGGCGGUUAAAAUGGCAAAUGUUCUGGAUGAACCAGGUCAAGACUUGGAAGCAGAUUUUCCUAAAACUCCUCUGGAUCUGAAUCCUAGCGUCGACUUCCUUUUUGACUGUGGUCUUGUCACUCCAGAUGAUGAACACACAGAGCAAGAUCUACCUAGAGCUGUCCGAAAGGGUCAAAAACGAAUCAUACUUUCUGAAAGCUGUUCAAGAGAUUCAAUGGGGAGCCAGUCGGGCUGUACUGGUUUAAAUUAUUCCUAUGGAGUAAAUGCAUGGAAAUUUUGGGUCCAAAACAAGCAUUCUCGGAAUGAAAUGGGCAAAGAGCUUCGAUUUGGACCUAAACCAAUGCGAAUAAAGGAGGACAUUCUAGCCUGUAGUGCUGCUGAAUUGAAUUAUGGUCUUGCUCAGUUUGUCAAGGAAAUAACCCGACCAAAUGGAGAAAGAUACGAGCCUGACAGCAUUUACUAUUUAUGUCUCGGAAUACAGCAGUAUCUCUUGGAAAGUAAUCGAAUGGUGAACAUAUUCACGGACCUUUACUACCUGACAUUUGUUCAAGAGUUAAACAAAAUCUUAAAUGGUUGGCAGCCUGGAAUAUCACCAAAUGGAACAAUACUAUCACGGGUAGAGGAAGAGCAUCUAUGGGAAUGUAAACAACUUGGUGUAUACUCUCCAUUUGUCUUACUAAAUACUCUGAUGUUCUUCAACACCAAGUUUUUUGGCAUGAGAACUGUAGAGGAACAUAUGCAGCUGUCUUUCACUAGUUUGGUACGACAUUCCCGAAAGUGUGCUACCUCAAGAGGAAUGACCAAGGUGGUCAGUAUUCGAUACUGGCCUCCAGUGCGCCACAGGAAAGGACGAGACAGUACGGUUGCAAAAAGAAAAAGAGAUGAAGAUGCUCCUGCCUUGGAGCAGAGAGAAAACCGAAUGAACCCCCUAAGGUGUCCUGUGAAGUUUUUCGAGUUCUACCUUUCAAAAUGCCCAGAAAGCUUGAGGACCAGAAAUGAUGUGUUCUACCUGCAACCUGAACGCUCAUGCAUUGCAGAGAGUCCCUUGUGGUACUCUGUAAUUCCUAUGGACAGAAGCAUGCUUGACAGUAUGCUAAACAGAAUCCUGGCAGUGAAGGAAAUAUAUGAGGACAAUGGAAGGGAGCCUUUGGAUGAUGACAUUGACUGAAGAAUGACUUGGCCCACAGCCUUUAUUUUUCUUUUUCAUUUUAUGUCUGUUGUACUGUACUUCUGACCCUGUAAAUAAUCGUUAGGCCAGUAUUUGAUGAAAACAGCAUUGCUGAACCAUGCUUGCUGCAGGCCAUAUCUGUCAUAACUGUAAAUAUAAGGAAGGAUCCUUAUAAAUUAAACUGUAAUGGAGAGAAUGAUAUGCCAGGCAGUGGACAUAUUUAAGGAAUGAAAUAAUGACCACAAUACUCUUUUCAGAGGUUUCUGAAUCAUUAAAUGUCAAUUGUAGGCAUCAGCCAAGUAAAGUUUUGGCUGAGGUUGCCAUUGGUUCCCUGUUUCAAAUUAAAUGUGUUGCCCUCUUCACCUUCAUUUCCACUAUGUAACCUGUAAAAAGCCUUGAUGAAGUACUUCAAAAAGGUUUUCUCAAUGUGUUAUUUGUCCAUUAUAGUGUCUUUCCUGCUUCAGCCAAGGCUUGCAUGGAAAGUAUCUACAGGUGAUAGGGCACCAUAAGAAUGAAUUUGCAUCUUCCCUUGGAGGUCCCUAUUAGAAAAGAGGGCUUGGUAGAACAAAUUUACUCAGUACAACUCUAAUCCUGACCAUUGAACGACUCUUUUCAACAUGUCAUGUUUACGUGAAUUGUAAAGCUGAAGUCUUCUGUUAGCAUUUUUAAAAAUUUCAUUAGUUGUUGGUUAAAUGAAAGUGUUUAAUUAAAGUUUGGCAGAAACUACAAUGCAUCAUAAGACUAACAGAUGAGUACCUGUUUGCUUCUCAUUUUGUGUGAGUUUUCUUUUUUUUUUUUCUUUUUUUUUAUUUAAUAAAACUCCUAGGUUAUGUUGCUUUGGAGUUUUGUGUGUUUGUGGUUUGGUUCUGUUCACACUGGGUUUUUUUUCUCACACUUGUUUGUCUGUGAAUUUGAAAAAUAUCUUAACUAUACACUCGGGAAAAUAGAAUUUGAUUCCUAAGAGUUACUGGUCUGAAAUAACUUGUAAGAGAACUUAAUUAAAUUAUGCUAUUUAUUCUAUCACUUCUUAACUUUUAUUCUGUACAGUCCUUAACUAGGUGGUAGACUUUAUUAAGUGCCAUGUUAACUUUGGAAUUCUGAUAUUCCUUUCUGAAUGUAGACGGUAUUUCCUUAAAAUGUUACAAUAUUAAGUGAAUUUAGCUCAAAAUUGUUUGUACCUUGACCUACAUUAAAUUAUUUUAGUUUUCA